UGCCCUUGCCAUCCCCUAGUGCUGCUCUCGAGGUCUACAAGACUGGCGCCAAGGAAGCACUGCCUGCAAGUCGUAGAGACGUUUGCCGAUAUCCAGGACGUAGGUCUAAUUGUACGUCCCGCACGCCUUCAUCUGCCGCACAUCCCAGCUUCCAAACCCAGAGUCUCGAGCCAGCUCUCCCGGUGUUUCACCAGCUGUGUACAGACUGUUGUAGCAUCCAGUCAACGCGAGAACGUACAGACGUCAGUAAAAUACGCUUCGACUGUCAUUGAUAUCAGAAUGUCGUAUCAAGGGGAAGCUACGGGGACUGUGCCCUCUGGCAUCAGUCGAGAGGACACCACCGCCAAACAAGGACAACCAGCUGGAUCCCCUGCUGCGCGCAGCUCCUCAACUUCCAAGCGUGCUCCUACUCUGUCCGACAUUGCAUCCAAGUACAAUAUUGCUCAGACGAACGCAGAUCCCGCAGACAAGUCGGCCGGCGAUGGCGAAGCGGCAGGCGCAUUGAGCCCCAGCCAAGGAGGAACGGGCUUGCGCGGUAGGCUCGGCCUCGCCGGGAGACUCAUUCCCGGUGAGACGGCACCUGCCUUAGAUGCAGCGACUGGUUCGACCAAGGUAGGAGAUGAGGCGCCGAGCUCACCCAAGAAGGCCGAAGGAUCCACCCCUUUUCCUUCGCUUGACGGGAUUCGAGAGAGACUGAGCAGGAAAGGCUUGACGCACAGCAAGAGCAAGAGUCAGAUGGACGCCCCGGGCGCAAAGACUGCAACCACUGAGCCAAAAGAGAAUGAUUCGGCAGCUGCGGAGAAUUCGGCGGCUAACAGUGAUGGUGCCAACACACCUGCAGCGAGCAGAACGCCAGAAGCAGGAGAGCCCAAGGCAACGAGUUCGACCCCCGCUGCAGAGAACACCGCCUUGGCGGCCAGCGCUUCUGUUCCCGUCCUUGCUCCCGCCAAACCGCCUGGACCUCCGCCAGUCAAGCCGAAUGUUUCUUCAGGCUCGACCCCUUCUCUGUCCUCACGCACGCCGGUCAUCGGCCCCGAUGGUAAGACGGUGCACCCGCUGCAGCACAAGUGGACUCUGUACUUUGACUCCAAGUCCUGGAACCCAUCCAAUGCUGCGUCGACGAGCCAGCAGUCAACGCCGGCGAAUACUCCGCAACUAGGCGGAAGCAGCCCUUCGGCAAAUCUCCCGUACCCAACCAACCUAGCUGCAUCCUCACCGGCAGCAGGUGCCUCUCAGCAUGUGCCGCCAUCGCCUAUAUCACCUACAACGCCAGCUCCAGGUGCACAAGCGCCUAGCACGUGGGAAGCGGCACUGCGGAUGCUCGGUGCAUACAAUGAUGUAGAGUCGUUCUUCGCCACGUUCUCCACGCUGCGCCGGCCAUCGCAGCUGGAAAAGUCGUCCAACUACCACUUGUUCAAGGACGGCAUCAAACCGAUGUGGGAAGAUCGGCGCAACGCCAAAGGCGGCAAGUGGACGCUGACACUCAAGGCGACGAACAACCCGGCGCUGCUGGACAGGAGCUGGAUGUGGCUCGUGCUAGCGCUCAUCGGCGAGGAGCUCGAUCCACACGACAUGAUCACCGGUGCAGUGGUCAGUGUGCGGGCAAAGGGUGACAGGCUUUCCAUCUGGACGCGCUCGAAGGAUGACGUGAACAAGCUCAACGACCUCGCACGACGCUUCGUCAGCAUCCUCGACCUCGAAAAAGAACCAGGCGUUGGUCUCGAGUUCAGCUACAACACGGGCCAAUCCCUGCCGCAACCAAACGGAUUCUGGACAUUCUACAAUCUUCCCACGCAGCACCCGCACUCGUACCAGGGCCAGCCAGGCCAUACUGCUGGCCCGUACCCAGGUACGCCGAGCGGCCGGCAGCAUGCGCUCGGCGGGUUCGGGCCUGGCUCACCGGCACAGCAGCCGCGUGGCAGCAACGCGGGCGUCUUCAGCCCGCCUUCUGGGCCUGGCGCACCGGGCCGAAGCGUAUUUGGCGCUGGCACGCCCAUGGGCGGCGCAGGCAGCGGCGCGCUUUCGGGUCAAGGCACGAGCAUGCUGAGACGCGCCGGGUCGGACAACCCUUUCGCCAGGAACCCAAAGAUCGUUGCGCCAUCUGAUGGUGGCGAUGGUGCCCACAGCGGGCCUGGCGCCGCGAUGAUGGGCACGUCACCCAGCAAAUCCGGCACGGGCGGAGCCAUGGGCCGCUCGGGCACGCAAAGCGGAUUGGCUCCACCUGGUGCUGAUGCUGGCCCGAGACCCGUACUGGGCAGCGCUAGUCCGAUUAAGCGAGGGGGCGCGCUACCGUGAGGUAUGAUGUAUACAACGAUUCCGCAACAGGCCUGACACUUGUCAUGACGAAUGUAGUAUAUCACACACCGGAUAGCCGCAGCCUUUCAAAUAGCCAGGAACUG